AUGGCUGGAGCAGCCACAGCGACGAAGGAUAUGAACACGUACGGCUCCGCGCCGCGCAAGUGGGAGGACGCGAUGGAGAAGCCGAGGGACUAUCCAGAUACGUGGGGACAGGCGAGACCCCUUCGCGAACCGAACCCAGUUCGUGCGCCAGCAGAUCGUGCCGCGCAUAUUUGGAUCCGUGAUGUCACCCAUCUCGACCUCAUUAUAACACUCUCCGGCACCGCCUACGCUACACCCUUGCUCAUCGCCCCCAUUGGAUACCAAGGCGCUAUGCGUGCCGAUUCAGAGUGCGCGACAGGGCGUGCCACGGGUGCACUCGGGAUACCCCUCACCCUCAGCGACGCUGUCUUGCGUUCGCUCGUUGGCUCCAGCUCUACUGGCCACUCAACGAAGACACCACACUCCCUCCUGUCCCGUGCGAAACGUUACGGGUACAGCGAACUCGUCGUCACCAUCGACACCAUGGCCAUCGGAUGGCGCUACCUCGACCUCGACCCCAGCUUCUUCCCCUUCGCGCACGAACUUGUGGUCCAGAUCGUGCUCUCGGACCCGAAGUUCAUGAAGCUCCACGGGGACUGGACUGCAACACACACCGACGAGAGCGAGGUUUCGGCGUUCCCGUACGACCCCACUGAGAUCGACAACCUCAUCGCGUCUGGGACUUGGAAAGACGUGCGCUUCCUGCGCAUGCACCGGGAGGAACCGCUGGUGGUGACGAGGAUCUUGGGUCCGGAGGACGCGGAGAUCGCGAUCGAUGAGGGCGUCAAGGGCAUCGUCGUCUCGAACCAUGGCGGCCGCCAGAUCAACGAUUCGAUGACCUCCCUCUACGCUGUCGAGCACUUCAUGCCCUCGCCCAAAGUUGGGUCCGCGCAGGCGUCGAACAAGUCCGCCGUCCUCAUGCCCGGCGGAAUCCGCUCCAGCGCGGAUUCGCGCGAUCGCCAGGCGUAG